GUGGUGAACUUUUGUAUGAAAAAUAUUUAAAAAGUUUACAAGAUAAUCAAGAAAUUUUACAAAGAAAUAUUGCAUUACUUACUGAUAAAGAAGAUUUGGUUAAUAUUAAUCGUCAAUUACAAGAUAAAGUUAAUGAACUUGAAGCAAAAAUUGAAUAG